UCGGCUCAUCAGGCGCGGCGCGCUGCGCCGCACCGCACCGCAGAGCUUUCAUCCCAUUGUGCUGGUCGCCAUGGCAACCCAGUUACAGACUGCUGUGUUUGGUUUUCCUGCUGGCCUCCUCUCACUCUUUGAUUUCUGCAGAAAGCGUUCAGCACCUCAAGCUGCCGCUCUGCUCUCUGCCCAGAUGGAGACGCCCGGGCGCCUGCAGCCGCCGCCGCCGCCGCAGCGAUCCGGCACGGCGAAGCGGCGGCGCUGGGGCGGACUGAGGCAGCAGUGGAAACUUCUGGGUCUGUUUGAAAUCGACCAGCAGCACGACUUCUACGGCCUGACCUGCAGGAUGAAGGAGGGCCUGGCUGCAGCCAUACACACCUCCACACACACACCGCCAGCGAACGACCUUUCAGACGACGACUUCAGAUCCAAGGUCACGCAGGUGCACAAGGACUUCUCCCUGGAGACGUUCGGCGGCCCGGUGUUCGCCGCUCUGCGCGCGUCGCUAGGAAUCACAGAGGACGAGUAUCUGCAGUCUCUGUGCUCAGAAAGCUGCUACCUGCAGUUCAUCAGCAACUCCAAGAGCAAAGCUGACUUCUUCCUGACAAAUGAUAAACGUUUUUUCCUGAAGACUCAAAACAAACGGGAGAUUAAAUUCCUUCUGUCCAACCUGAAGAUCUACGUGGAGCAUCUGAGGAAGUUCCCACAUUCACUGCUGGUCAAGUUCUUAGGAGUUCACCGGAUCCGGAUCCCGCCCAGUCGGAAGAAAUAUUUCAUCGUAAUGCAGAGCGUCUUUUACCCGGACGAACGCAUCAACGCCCGGUACGACAUCAAAGGCUGCCAGGUGAGCCGGUGGACGGACCCGGCGCCGGAGGGCAGCCAGAUCAUCGUGGUUCUGAAGGACCUGAACUUUGAAGGCCAGUUCAUCACACUGGAGCGGCAGCGCUCCUGGCUCGUCCAGCAGGUGGAGAUCGACACCAGCUUCCUGGAGCGGCUCAACGUUCUGGACUACAGCCUCCUGCUGGCCCACCAGCCGCUGCACCACGACGAGCGGAACCAGAACCUGUCUUUCGCCUCGCUCAUCGUCAGAACCAAGAAGUCCGUGAACCCCGGGUCCAGCCCGAUACACGCCGAAGUCCCAGGAGCGGUUCUGAACGAAGACGCCGGACCUUCACCGGAACCGGACUCGGGCUUAACGUCGUCCCAGGACCGAGAUGACUCGUCCCGGACGAGUCCGCGACCCGCCGGAUCCGGCGCCGACUCGCCCGACGACUUUAGGGCCCAGAACCGGCGGCUGCUGCCGAACCUGAAGAACCCGCUGCACGUCAUCGACGGACCCGAGCAGCGCUACUUCAUCGGCAUCAUCGACGUCUUCACCGUCUACGGCCUGAAGAAGCGGCUGGAGCAUCUGUGGAAGAGCCUGAGGCAUCAUGGCCGCUCCUUCUCCACCGUCAGCCCGCAGGAGUACAGCGGCCGCCUGCGGCGCUGGGUCCAGAACCACACCGACUAGACCCGCUGGGUCCAGAACCACACCGACUAGACCCGGUGGGUCCAGAACCACACCGACUAGACCCGCUGGGUCCAGAACCACACCGACUAGACCCGCUGGGUCCAGAACCACACCGACUAGACCAGAACCACACUAACUAGACGACCCGCCUCCUUCAACUCACAGAACCAGAACCGCCGAGUUUCUGGUUUCUAAAUGAAAAGAAAACAAACUUGUUAAAGAACAAACUAAACCAUUGUUCUGCAUCAGGUCAAAGGUUAAAGGUCAGGGCUGCCUGCCAAGGUUGAAGGAGAAAGUCUCUUCUCUCUAGAAACAAGAUGGCUGCCGGACUGAGGUCAUCAAAGCCGAGAUGUCAUGACGACGCCCUCUGGACCGGUGGUGGAGGCAUCAGGAUGUGGGCUUUCUCUGUCUCUCAGUCAAUGAUUGGACUAGACCAGGGGCGUCCAAAGUUGCGGCCUGGGCUCCAUUUCUGGCUCUUGGACUGAUUUUUGCGGCCGCCAGCUGCAGCUCAGGAAAGAAGCAAACUUCUGAUCUAGAUUAGAUUAGGGAGAUUAAACCUUCCUAAUCUAAUCUGAUGCAAAUAAAUUCAAAUUCAAAAAUGCUUUAUUGAUCCCAGUCCUUAAAGUCUUAAAACGUCUUAAAGUCAUUUUUAAAAAAUGUGCAUUGGUCUUAAAUACACCAAUCACAGGCCUUAAAUUUGGUCUGUAGCUAGCUGCUAAUAUCCCCAUGCUAACUAGUUAGCUAGCUUGUUUUGGACGUUGGUUUUGGUUCGGUUCUGUUAUGCUGGAUCCUCCAAACAUCACCUGGAUUUAGACGUUUCUGUCUGAAGUUUCAUUUCAGCUGGAAUUAAAAACGUCUUAAAUUUGAUUUUCUGAAACCUGCAGAUGUUAAAAAGUAUUUAACCGACAAACCAACGUUGCUUCUUAGCUAAAUACGAGCAGAAAACAAAACAAAAAUGGCCGACUGGUUUUAUUGACUUUAUUUAUUUAUUGGAAGUGAUUUUACAAACUUCUGAAUCUUCAAACUGCAGCAGAAUUCAUGACCGAUGUGAGAUCCUGAUGAAGAUCCAGGAAGUAAGUGCACCCUGCUGGAUCACAGGGUGCACUUACUUACUUCCUUACUUUCCAGAUGAUGGUUUAGUCUCUGAUCUGCUGCGUCUCAAUAUGCAUCAUUGUUAUUUAUUGGACGUCUUUCUGCCUUA